AUGGGAAGAAGCCAUAUGAUGCGACCCACCAACGUAUCAGGAGAGACAAAUUGUUCCAAGCUCUGUCCCACAGGUUCUUCCACAAGGAGUGGACUUUACUGCACUGUAGACGCCUCUUGGAAGUCACCAGCGGAUAAAGCUGGAAUAGGAUGGUCCUUAUACAGCAAAGAAGGCAUUCUUAGACUCCAAGGAAGCUCUGCAAUUGAAGCUACUACAUCUCCACUGGUAGCUGAAGCAAUGGCGAUACUAUUAGCUGUUCAGCAGCUGAACUGCACGGGGUACAAUAACGUCGCAGUUCUAGGUGACUCUCUGCAGCUGUUUAAGUGUCUCAAUCAUACGGAAACUGAUGUUGGCAAAAGGGACGCCAUCUUCAAUGAGGCAACACCUAUUGUGGCAGACAUCUUAGCUCUUUCACACUUGAAUAGAUUUUGUUUCCAAUGGGUACCUAGGAAUGUAGUUCAAUAUGCUGAUCAUUUAGCUAAUAGAGCUAGGUGUAGUAUGCAAGAAUACAUUGUAACCUGGCUCCAAACAUAA